CUUCGACAGAGAGAGAGAGAGAGAACUUUUCCAGUAGUCGUGACACUCCUGGCGCGCACAGGAGACAGAGAGAGUCGGAGAAGAAGAGGGAGUCCAUUGGAAAGGAAAGAGAGAGAGAAAAAGAGCUGUUGGUUUCCGUGGAGUACUGAGGCUGUAUCUCAGUGUUGUGCGUUGGACUGCAGUGGUCUGUGUGUUUGUGGUUGUACUGUACACUGCUCGCUGACCAGUGGAAAGCAGAGAGGGAGGAGUGGGAGGGGCAGUGUGCCGACUGGACAGCCUGACGGAGGGUCUGUCCGGCGGAACCAAGCCUAUCUGCUGCCUCUAGCUUAUGCAACCAUGCUGGAAAAUAAAGGGGCACCAGAAGUGGAUUCUAGAAUGAGUAAUGCGUCGGAAACGAGUAAAUGUGGAAUGGAGAGUCAGAGUGGGGACGGAAACACAGAAAUCCAAACGAAUGGACUGGACUUUCAGAGGCAGACGGUUCAGACCACAAGCGCAAUCACCAACGCACACACACAGGCUCUCCUCCAACAGUCCAAGUCAGAAGACUCGGGUGCAAUUCCAACCUCCGUCCAGCAGGGCGUGCUGCCUCAGGCCCAGCUCAUGCUGGCUGGGGGACAGAUAGCUGGAUUGACCCUGUCUCCAGCGCAGCAGCAGAUGUUGUUGCAGCAGGCCCAGGCCCAGCUCCUAGCAGCAGCCAUGCAGCAGCAGUCAGCCAGCCAGCAGAGCAGCACUACGGGGGCAAGCAUCUCUGCCUCUGCAGCCACCCCUAUCACACAACUGCCCCUGUCCCAGCCCAUCCAGAUCACCUCUAUUCCCUCUGGUUCUACCCAUCUUCCAGGCCAGCUAAGCCAGCUGGGAUACCCCUAUGAGAUGGCGACCUUCAGCAGUUACCUACCUCAGUUACAACAGCUGCAGCAGCAGAACCUGACCAUGCCCCAGUUUGUCCUGGUUCAGCCCGGCCACCACAUCGCUACCCAGCUGCAGCCUGGCCAGUUCAUCAUCUCACAGUCGCCGCAGGGCCAGCAGAGUCUCCUGCAAGGCCAGAGUCUUCUAACUCAACUACCUCAAAGCCAAGCCAACCUCCUGCAGACGCAUCCCAGCAUCACGCUCGCCACACAGCCAGCGACUCCGACCCGUACGAUAGCAGCCACGCCCAUCCAGCCUCUGUCCCACAGCCAGACCUCGCCCCCUAAACGCCUGGCCACGCCCAGUCUGGAGGAGCCCAGUGACCUGGAGGAGCUGGAACAGUUUGCCAAGACCUUCAAACAGAGACGCAUCAAACUGGGCUUCACACAGGGAGAUGUUGGCCUGGCCAUGGGCAAGCUGUACGGUAACGACUUCAGCCAGACCACCAUCUCCCGCUUCGAGGCCUUGAACCUCAGCUUUAAGAACAUGUGCAAGCUGAAGCCACUGCUGGAGAAGUGGCUCAACGAUGCAGUUUAUGCAGACAACCUGUCGUCUGACCAGGCCCUGUCCAGCCCCAGCGCCCUGGGCUCCCCUGGCCUGGGUAUGGAGGGGCUGAACCGCCGACGCAAGAAGAGGACCAGCAUCGAGACCAACAUCCGCUUGGCCUUAGAAAAGAGAUUUCUGGAACAGAACCAAAAACCUACCUCUGAGGAGAUCACCAUGAUCGCCGACCAGCUCAACAUGGAGAAGGAGGUGAUCCGGGUUUGGUUCUGUAACCGCCGGCAGAAAGAGAAGAGGAUCAACCCCCCCAGCGGUGGAUACAGCAACACAGGGACAGGCAGCAGCCCCAUCAAAACCAUCUUCACCCCUACGAUCCCCCUGGUGGCCAGUACGGCCAGCCUUGUGACCAGUAACACACCGACUACACUGACUGUAAACCCAGUGAUGCCUCUCAGCAGCAGCAGCGUGUCUGGCCUGACCUUCACAGGCACGACCAUAGGAGCGACCACAAACACGGCAUCCGUCAUCUCCACGGCACCCAUGGUUACUGCGGUGACCAGCUCCCCAUCGCUAAGCCCCUCCCCCACGGCCCUCCAGGCCACGGCGGCGGAGACGGGCGGAACCCAGGAGCACACGGUGGUCACGCAGGCACCGUCGUCCCUAGCGACCACUCUGGGGACGGGUCAGGUGAUGGUGGCUGGACUGGGCCUGUCGGCCGCCCUGCAAGGCGCCGCCCAGUUACCCACCAGCACUAGUUUCGCUGCCAUGGCCGGGCUUAACCAAGGACUUAUGGCGUCAUCGCAGUUCACUCCUGGGGGGGCCUUGCUGAGCUUGGCUCCAGGGGGGCUGGGAGGGGCUCUGAACCCCGCCAUGUUGAGCAACAGCACCCUAGCCACCAUCCAAGGUCUGUGGAGCGCCCUGGCAUCAGGCGGCGCUCUCCCCAUCACCUCGCUGGACGGGAGCGGUAACCUGCUGUUCGCCAAUACCUCUGCUGGCAGCACCCCCAACCUGAUGCAACCCCUCUUCCUGAACCCCCAGAACCUGUCCCUGCUCACCACCAACCCUGUCAACCUGGUGUCAGCCGGAGCUGCUGGGGGAGGGGCCCUGCAGGUCUCAGCUGACCACCAGGUCACCACGGCGACUGUACCAGUUCCCGCCUCCACCAUCACCACUGCCUCCAGGGCCCAGUGAAGCUGGAGGCCUCAAAUGGAACCCUAUGCCCUAUUUAGUGCACUACUCUUGGUUAAAUGUAGCGUACGAUAUGUCUGGCUCUGGCCAUAUUAGGGCACUAUAUGGGGGAAUAGGGCUGUUGUUUGGGAUUUGGCCUUAGACUAAUGGCUCUACCCACCUGUUCCUCCUCUUCCUUCUCUCUGUCACCUGUCAUUAUUUAAAUAUUUUGCUGCCACCAAAAAGAAACCCUCUGUGGAGCGGGUUGGAAUUUAUUUAAAAAACAAUGUUGGUCUUUUUUUCAUUCUCUUCCCCAGUACUCCAAAAAUGAGAUGCAACUCACGGAUGUUUUUGUCGUUGGACGCGGCAGGUCACACAGGAGGACUGGGGCGGCCAUUUUCUGAGGCAGGAUCGUCUUGAACUCUAUGGUUUGUGCUCCUUGUGUGACCCCUGACCAACGUCUUGGGAGAGUAAAUAACAGAGAAGACCCACCUAGCGUUCCCUUUUCUACUCCGUCACCUUUUUCACAAGUAGAGAUCUUUCUCUUCCCUGUUCAGAACUUCUUCUGAAGUACUUCUAACCAAAAAUGUGUGAUUUUACUUUUAAAAAUUUUAUUCUAAGAAAAAUGAUUUACUACUAAGUUCACAAUCUACAUCAUCACUAAAAGGGGGGUUUGUGCGUCUCCCCUGUCUAGGUUGAGUUUAUUUAGUGUCGGAGGCUCUGUUGGAAAGGCCUCAGCACGAAUAUCAAAGUUUUAUUUUAGAGGCGUUCUCGUUUUAGUUUGUUUUCUCUUGUUUUUAUGUGAGUGGACAUUUUCAGAACUAUACGUCUAACAUUAAGUUUUAACUGCUAUAUAUAUAAUUAGUUUUAUCGUGGUUAUAAGGCUUUAAAAAUCUAGUAAUAAUAAGUGGCUGAUAUAACGGUUAUCGUUGCUUUAAGGAACAGGGCUGGCUGCGUGGUCUCUCACUGGUCCUCUCUGUCUGGUAACACUGAGCUAGACAUUUCGCAGUAGCCCAGUGGCCAUGGAGCGUUUGUAAAUGGUAGUCUAGGUGCAGACCAUAGACACCGAUAUAAGAAAUGAUAACGCUUAGAGCUUUAACCCGGGUUACAUAUGGACCCAUAUCUGUGGGUUGUCGGGGUGGUGGUUGUGUGUUGUUGGGAUCAUGGCGGGGGAGUUCAGGGUUCACAGUUCAUAGGUCAGGCAGUAUAGGGGCUAAGUGGUUUUCUUGUGACCUUUAUAGCUCAGGCAAAUACAGACGCCUCAGUUAGCUGUAUGAUACAUGGAGUUCUGUGACUGAGUGUUCUCUGACGGUCUGUCUGUAUGGUUGCCAUGCCAACUGGAUGGCGUUGGUGUGCGGUAGAUGGGGACGUUGUGUAUUUUUGCUCAGAUAUUUUUCAUUUUUUUAAUACCAUUGUUUUUUUAAUGCCACCAAUGAACUACAGUCUGCCUGUUUUUGAAAGACUUAAACAUUCUGUCACGUUUUUUAACAGGUUUUAAGGUCCUUUAUUUCUGCAGUCUUUUGACUGGCUUACUUCAAGAUAUACCAAAAAUAUUUGUUAAACCUUGUGCUGUUUAUUGUCAGUGUAGCUUAGCCUAGUCCUAAUAUUUAUGAGUACAAACUCUCUCUUCACAACA